AAGCGGAAGCUAUUAUCGUUCCAUCGUUCCCUCUCGAACCCUAAAAAAAGUUUCUUUCGACCAUAUACUUCGAUAUUUCGGCACGCGUCCAAGUGUCUAAUACUGAGACCUUUGGAUGUUGAGGGACCUCAUUCCAAGCUCUACCCGGUUGUAGUGAUAUUGCAGCAUGCUUGGUGAGAAAUCAUCAUUGCGAAUUUAGGCGAUGUGCAAAUCAACCGGGCGCUAAUGAAUGCGCACCAUCCAUUUUGAUUGCAGAAGUUUGUAACGUUUAAGCCUGCCAAGCAGCAUCAAAUGUCUGUAAGCGGGUCUUCAAGAGGAAGAACUACUUCACACUCUUACGAAUACGAAAGAGAAGGGAUAUCUAGAGAUACUCCAAUGAUCUCCUCUCAUGGGCCUGGGGCACCCUCGUCCCCUCCGUUACAGCCAUCCAACUCAACGGAAGGCGGCUACCCCACGAUUAACGAGUCAAUAUCGAUUCUGGACCCACGGAGGUUCACUCCAACGUUACAUGCGUCGCUUGUGUCCGAGAUCCUUUCUCUCCGCCGAGAUGUCGAUGCACGGGAUGCUCUCAUUACCGAUCUCGAAGUUACCUUAUCGGAUUCCAAGUCGGACAAUGAACAAUUGAGUCAGCGACUGAGCUCUCAAGGCCGGGAUCACCGCAACGUCAAACGCCAGCUUCAACAAAUCGAACAGAGUACCGUAUCUGCUCUAGAAGAACUCGUGAAGGAACGCGACGAGCUCAAAGAUACCAACCGCGAUUUAAAAUCGAAGCUCGAGGAUUCGAACAAGCGCUACAAGGACCGCGAGGAUGACCUUCAACGAGAGUUUGCAGAGCUGCAGCGUGAAAGGAGCGGAUGGACCGGCGAGCAGAAGCGUCUUGAACGACGUGCUCAUGUGGCUGAAGGUAGGCUGCGGAGCGUCCUUGACGAGCUUGUUGCACAUGCUGGUAACGGUGAUGUUAACGUCAACGGACGCCACGCCGACUCGGAGGACGAGGACACCCGAGAUUCCGGCCUCGGAAACGAAAGCGAUGGCAUGAGUGUGAAAAGCCAGAGUCCUAGUAAGAAGAGACAGAGAAAGCACUCCCGGAACAUGUCAUCUGCCAGCCAGCGAAGUCUGAGGGCCGCAUUAAAUCGGUUCUCGACAACUUCCAACGCCUCAAUGAAACUCGCCAACGGUCUCAGUUUAGCCGACGAGCUGAACCUGGACAACUUCGACGAGGAAGACGAAGAUUAUGCCGAUCUCGACCUUGAAGAGGAUGAAGAUGAGUUCACAGAAUUGGAGUUGCGGGAGCUCCGCGCUAAGAGGGCCAGAGAGAGCAGAAUGAGUAGUAUGAUGGGCUGGGUCGACGAGAAGGCAAAAAGAAUAUUAGGCAUUACUGGCGAAAUGCCUUCGAGGAACUCGAUGAUAUCUCCGAUUGGACACAUGACGCAAGAGGCCCAACAUCAUGACAAUGCCCCGCAUGAAUCGAAUGGUGACACCGCAUUGCCGAAGGACAUGGUUCUUCCAGCGCUGCGGGACGACGAGCGAGGCUUUUCAAUCGACACAGGGGGCUCUGAGCAUCCUAUCGAGUCAAUAGAAGAGGUUUCUGGAGAAGAAGGCGAUAGCGUGCGUAGACAUACAAAACGCGAUAGUCGGGUCCUUAAAGAAGUCGCUCGGUUUGAGACGAUGGUACGAUCAACUCCAAGCCCGACAUUUACCAUCGAGAGCGUACGCCCCAAACGAUCAGUCCACGAGAAGCGCGAGUCGGCAAGACUAGACCUCCUCAGAAAUGUGGACGAUUCGACAUCCAUGCAGAAGACCACCGAUUCCGAGCAAGAACGCUUGGAGGGCGAAAUGAAGCCCGUUGACGUUGAUGGUGUUGACGAUGGUGUUGACGAUGGCGUCUGCAGGACCUGCGGGCUGCCGUGCAACCGACCACCAGUCUUUGAAGCACCUCCUGUGGAAGAGCCACAACAAGAGCUUCAGAACGUUCCAGCACCGGCAACAAAUUAUGUUGAAGCCAGCACUCAAUUCUCCCCUCCACCAUCUCCCAAAAUCGGAUGGAUAGACGAAGAAAAGUCCACAGCAACCGAUAUCCUGGAACUCGGCAUGGUGGCGGAUGGUGAGCCCACUAAGGCGGUGGCUGAAGAGAACAGCGCCUCUCCUACACCUACCGCGGAGGCAGAGCCGCAGAAACCGGCACCUGUAAUGGUUUCCACUGCCAUUCAAACUCUGGAGGAGCCUUUGAGUCCACCUGCUACACCGAAAUUGAGUCCACCCCCUAGCCCGACUCAUGCCGCCAUCCCCGAACACGAAGAACAGGUAGAAGAGCCUACAGAUCUGCAGGCUGUCCCUCUGACUCCGACCCGACUGCCACCUCUGCCUCCACCGAAGCCAGAAAUGGUUUCAAUGUCUACCCAAACCGAGGUGGAAGAAAUCGCAAAGGAAAGGAUGCCCACCGAGCCAACUCGACUUCCCCCUCCUGUCCCCACCCCGAUGUUCGUCCCAGCAAUUGCCAUCCAUCCUCCGGACGGCUCUAGGCCAACCUCUCUGCAAUCUGUUGUCUUGCCUCCUGGGACGAAGAACGUGAGCUGUCAGACGACGUUCGAGACUGUCGUUCCAAUGAUGUCCGUUUCAAUGCAAACCGACCCCAUCAGGAUCGACCAAAGACUCGCAAGACUCCCAGCUCAUCUUCUUCCCUCUGCCAUAUCUUCCCAGCCACCAACACCCGAACUCGCCAAGAGCGGUGGGCGCGUAUUUGGUUCGGUGGCCGCUGGAAAGAAGCCUGCAGCAGUAUACACAUCUGAAGACGAUGCUCCACCAGUCCCAAGGAUUCCCGAUGACCUUCAAACUGAGGACCGCUAUCCAGGUAACAAUGAUAACGGUCCUCUUGCUCGGACCGUGAAAGGAGACAUUAUCAGGCGACCUUUCCGCGACAGCAGCCUAUUUGCUGGUUUUAACGGGCUCGAUGAUGAAUCAGAGGCGCGAUCAGACAAUGAGCUGAGCGAAGACGAUUCGCCAAAGAGAUCGCAGUACCAGACGCCUGUCGCGCAAGGCCGAGGGAAAGUUGCACGCGCCCUGAACUUCCCUACGCCUGUGCCUGAAGAGAACGAAGUCCUGUCACGAUCGCAUGAUGAAUCUGACUUUGAUGAGACUUCCUAUGGCACUUAUCCAGAAGCGUCUCAGCCGGAGAGGCCCUCGUUCUCUGCAUCGACGAGAUCAUCGUUUGAACGGCCGAACAAAGUUGCGAAAUCAAUGCGGUCUGCCUCAGGCUCGAUAACCCGGCAGCCAUCCAUCCGUCGUUCGGCAAUGAUCCACUCCGGUACUAACGCGCAUAUCCGUAGCCGCUCCCCCAGCAUAGGGAGUGUCGCGAGCAGCUCUGUGGCCACGAUGACGACAACAACAACCAUGGCAGGAGCCUCACGUCCACCGCCGUUCCCUGUCCCCAAUCGUGGAUCGAGUCGUCGGGUCUUCAGCGGCGGCAAAAGCAAAUCUGAAGGCUCUCAAUCGCCUACUCCCCGUAGUGUGACAUCCUCGUUCGCAGGACGUCGUGCGGCGCCACCUCGUCCGCUGCAGCGGCGCGACUCGUUAAGGAAGACCCGCUCCGCGGUUCAUAUGACUCGGCCUGUGGGGAGCUCGCACCAAGCGCGCAGCCGAUCUCCUCCUCUUUCAGGCGGCGCCCACAGCCCGCUUGACAGUCCAGUUGAACUGACUCCUCAAGUACCUCCUCUUCCAUCCAAUAUGGCGAGCUAUCAGCAUUCCAAGUUCACACACGGGUCGGCUCGUAGAACUGCGAGGGAUGCUCGGCCAUCGCGAGAACAGCUACGAACUACAGAUCACGAAGUGGCUACGCAUCCACCGCAGGGCAGUGCCGGCGUCGAGACCCCAGCAGGGCAAGCAAGUGUUGUGGAGGCCAUUGCACAGACAAUGGUGGGGGAGUGGAUGUAUAAAUAUGUUCGCAGACGAAAGAGCUUCGGCGUCGCGAGCUCUCAAGCUCAGGCACAAGCUGAGCUAGCAGAAGUCCGCGGAAUUGAGGACGGCGGCGCUGUGAGCGGCGUGAUGAGCGGCUCUGGGGGCCAGAGACAUAAAAGAUGGGUGUGGUUGAGUCCAUAUGAGCGAGCGAUCAUGUGGAGCAGCAAACAGCCGACCAGCGGAAACGCGCUGCUGGGGAAGAGCGGGAGGAAAUUAACCAUUCAGUCGGUGUUGGAUGUCAAGGAUGACACCCCCCUUCCCAAGGGUGCAACCGGCGUUCCCUUCAACCGCUCGAUCCUGAUUCUCACCCCCGCCCGUGCUCUCAAGUUCACUGCUACGACGUCAGAGCGACAUUACUUAUGGCUCACUGCGCUAUCGUUCUUAUCUCAUUCAGCCACAGGCGCUCCCGAAUUAGCAAACCUACCAAACCUGAACCUCGCCAUCAACAACCUCCCAAGCUCAGCUGCAGCAGGCAGCUUCCCUGGAGCGCCGCCAAUGCCCCAGAUCCCAGACACCCAUGACGACGUUUCCGCUUCCCCGCCGCCUAUUUCUCGGGGGCCCGCCCCAUCCCUUCGUCGUGGCGGUCCUAUCCGCGACAGCGUCCUCCUCGCCAAGGGCAAACGCCCCAUGCCCGGUUCCCGACAGCAGCAAGGCACCGGAACCGCUCCCCCGCCUCCCAUUUCCACUGCUGAUGCACUCAUUUCCGAUGCAGCCGACGCUCCUACCAUCCCGCGGUUUCACACGCACGCACCCGAGCGACACGGCCGCAAACGCAGCAUGACGGGCCCUCGCAUCCCGCCAGUCAACCGUGGCUGGGGCUCGUAUGAGCGCAGCGUCACGAAUCCCGGGCCAGUGCCGACAACCGGGUAUUCCGGGUAUUCCGGGUAUUCCGGAUCCAGUGGGCCGUCGUACAGUGCCACCGUGCGAGGUGGGCCUGGCACGCCUUCACCGACCACCAGCAACCCCCCCGACAAGUUCAUUCCAUGGGCCGUCCCUACGAAUGCAUCGGACUGCGACGCACCACCGUUUCUGAAAGCGGAAGAAGUCGGCAGCAGCGCACCAAGCGCCAGCAAUACCAACGCUCUCAAUAUGUCUGCAGCUGGGCCACCUCCUUCCCGGCGCCUCAACACGAGCACCUCGGCCAAAGAGUACGGCACCUGGCACGCGCCAUCGAGCGGACGGACCUCCCGGUCAUCUCGACCCGGCCCACUGACGCUGAACGGCGUCCAUACCCUGCCAUCCAGCUUCGGCGGCGGCAGCCAGCCCAGCAGCGCCUUGGCGAGCCCGUCGAUCGCCGGGUUCGGCGGAGCGGGGCGGUCGAGCGAGGGGAGUAGCAAUCGCAGCAGUAUGCUGCCGAACAACUUCUUCGAGGCGCUCGGACCGAAUCCGGGGACGGUGCGGAUGGAGGCGUUUGUGGAGGGGAGGGGGACGGUGAGUGCUGGAGGGGGGAUGUGGAGCGGAAGAGGGAGUGAAGAGAGUGGGAGGUUCCUUGGGGGCCCGGAAAGGGGGCAUGGGAUGAAUGGCUAUUUUGGCGGGAAGGGGAAGGGCACGGGAAUUGGAGUGGGGACCAGGAGGAAUGGGAGUCAGUGGAGUGCCAGUGGAAGUGACCCAAGGCGGGUCGGUGGAGUGUACGCCGAUGAGUUUGAGGGGAGUGAUCCGUUCCGAGGGUUCUGAUUGUGUGGCCCCGUUUUGGAUCGAGUUUGCUUCGCGUUCACGUUGAUACCUCUCGGUUAUGUGUAUGAUAUAUUGUGAGGCGUUUGAUGGGAUACAACCGGGAUAGAUGACGUCCAAUGGCUGCAAAAGCCACCAAGUCGCUCCUAGCCCGCGAGGAAACAUAAAGGUGGAUUGUUCAUGAUUGUAUAUAAUUCCGGUAAUUUCUACAAUAUUCAGCCGAC